AUGGCUGAGAAGAGCUACCCGGGCCCAGGGGGCAUCACGCCGCUGCAGCAGAUGCUGGCCUCGGGGACAGGGGCCAUCCUCACCUCACUCUUCGUGACGCCCCUGGACGUGGUGAAGAUCCGGCUGCAGGCUCAGAGGACCCCCUUCUCCAAAGGGAAGUGUUUCCUCUACUGCAACGGGCUCAUGGACCAUCUGUACGUCUGCCAGAACGGCAACAGCUGCACUGCCUGGUACAAGACCCCCACCCGCUUCACCGGCACGCUGGAUGCCUUUGUGAAGAUCACACGCUAUGAGGGCAUCAGGUCUCUGUGGAGCGGUUUGCCCCCCACCCUGGUGAUGGCUGUGCCAGCCACUGUCAUUUAUUUCACCACCUACGACCAGCUCCGGGACUACCUGCACGCCCGGACAGGGAGUGGGGGGCACCACAUCCCCUUGUUGGCUGGGGCCCUUGCCAGGCUGGGUGCUGUCACAGUCAUCAGCCCCUUGGAGCUGAUCCGCACCAAGAUGCAGUCCCAGCAGCUCAGCUACCGGGAGCUGGGGGUCUGCAUCCAGUCAGCAGUGGCUCAGGAUGGCUGGAUGUCCCUCUGGAGGGGCUGGGGACCCACCGUGCUGCGCGAUGUCCCCUUCUCAGCUCUCUACUGGUUUAACUACGAGCUGGUGAGGGACUGGAUCUGCAGGCAGGCCCGGCUGGACGAGGCCACUGUCAUGAUCAGCUUUGCCUCUGGGGCCAUCUCUGGCACGGUGAGUGGUUCUUCAGGUCAUGCUCUGGUGGCCAAGGUUGUGGGGUUUCAUUUGUGUUGA